AAUUCAGCCAAUCAAAGACAAGAACACCACAAGAAGCAGCCAAUCAGAGUCCAUCACAGUCGCUAAAAUGCCGUUAAAGUAGACCCUAAAUCCUCACCUUCUCUCUCAUCUGGGCUCUUAACAGACUUUACGUAGACUCCUUAUAAAAUUCCAAACGUUCCCACUCUUCCCUUUUCUAUCGUCUCCGACUUUCGUAUCUCUCGAAAGAUCAAAACCCUAAUUUCGAGUACCUCUCUCCGAUUUUCUUCCAGACCUCUGAAUUGAAAUGGCUCGUACCGGAGGAAAGGCUCCGAGGAAGCAGCUUGCCACCAAGUAAUAUGGCAGUGGUUGUUACACGCCAAGAAGAUGACGCUUUACAUUGGUCGCGAGGCUUCAAAGCUAUGGAAGAGAAUUUGUUCAGAGACUUCAACGGAGAUCCACCUUUUAGCCGAAAAUUGGAAGUACCUUCUUGGGGGCCUCAUUUUCCAGUACAUUCAUGGACUGGCUGCUCGAGGAGUUCACUAUUUACACCGUCCAGGACCAACACUUCAGGAUUUUGGAUUUUUUCUUCUUCCAGAGCUUGGACAGGAUAAAGCAUACAUCAGUGAGACUGUAUUCACCGUUAUCUUUGUAUCCUUCUUCUUGUGGACUUUUCAUCCUUUUGUUUUCAAGAGCAAAAGAAUCUACACAGUUCUAGUGUGGUGCAGGGUUCUGGCAUUCUUAGUUGCUUCUCAAUUGCUCCGGAUUGUGACAUUCUAUUCUACUCAGCUCCCUGGUCCAAACUAUCAUUGUCGUGAGGGUUCAAAAUUAGCUAGACUGCCUCACCCAGAUAGUGUGAUUGAAGUUCUCUUAAUUAAUUUCCCUCGGGGUGUAAUAUAUGGCUGUGGUGAUUUGAUAUUUUCUUCCCACAUGAUCUUUACCCUUGUCUUUGUGCUCACAUAUCAGAAGUAUGGCACGCGGAGGUGUAUAAAGCAACUUGGUUGGUUAAUUGCUGUGAUUCAAAGCUUGUUGAUUGUAGCAUCCCGCAAACAUUACACAGUUGAUGUCAUCGUUGCAUGGUACACGGUUAAUUUGGUGGUAUUCUUUGUUCACAAGUCGUUGCCUGAACUGCCUGACCGAGCAACAGGAACUGGGAUUCUCAUGCUACCAGUAAGUACUAAAGAUAAGGACAGCAGGACUAAAGAAGAGAAUCACAAACUCUUGAACGGGAAUACUGGAGACCCUGGGGAUUGGGUAUGGAGCAUCAUCUCUGAUUCCUCUCUCCCAUUUUUACCUUUAGCUAAGUCAACAUGUCUUUAUCAUUUGAUCUACCAUGACAUUUAACAUUCUUUACUGCCCCCUUUGGCCAGAGGCUGAGAACCCAAAUCAAUGGCAAGAUUCUGGAUGAGGGCAACAUGGUGCAAGUUGACACAGCGAUGAAUGGUGCAUAGAUGGAACUACCACUGUUUCUUAAAAAUGGAAGUCACUGUUUGGGGGGGAGGGGGGUGGGGAGCUGUUUAAAAUCUUUGAUUGAAAAGUUCAUUGCCUGUGUUCGGGUCCUUUUCUGAUGAUCUUUUGUAUUCCAGUGGAAUUCAAUUUGCUUAUGCUUUUCACCAUUUCCUGGUCCUCCUUUCAUGGCGACUACCAUUCUCCCAUUGUGGACUGCGGAAUUGACAGUCUCUAUUGCUUCAUUGUUCCAGCAUGCAGAUGUCUCAUCCCUUGUUCUGGUGAAACAGUUUUCCAUUAUGUUUCCUAUUUUCAAUUUCAAAUGGUGUGAAUAUAAGAAUUUUUUUUUUAGCAAAGCUCCUAGGCUUAGUGAUCAGCACAAAGUGACCCUAGUGGAUGCCUAUAAUUAAACUUUUCUUUUUUGUUCUUCUGAGAUGUCGACUUUUUGGGGGUAUUGGUUAUAUAAUUAUAAAAAAAAAUGUUGGCACUCGGAAAAACACACACCAACGCAUGUGCCAGAGAGCGGGAGUUGUUUACAAUGGAAUCGCUGCUCAGAAUUCACACCCAUGGUCAAAAAAUCACACCUGGCCAUUGACUGCUGCCGAGCCUAAAUCAAAUCAACGGCAUCAUGCGGUCUUAUGCUUUUCUUCCACGCAGAGAAUCUAUGGUUCAUCUGGUUCAAAUCGAGAAUACAAGAGACGUGAGUGGAGGUAUUAGUUAUUUCUUCUUUAUCUACUUAUUAUUUCACUUACUAUAGAAUAAGAGAAGAAUACAUACUUUUAAAGUGACAUUUGAAAAUAGUUUUUAUGUUGUAUGAUUCAUAAAAUAUUUUAGUUUGUCAUUUAUUUUAU